AGCGGCCAGGUGGGCGGACAGGUGGUCAGGGUCUCUUGCCUUCAAUUAGAUGAAGGUGUUGACAAGACGGCGGGCACGUGGUUUAGUCAACGUCUGCUAACGAACAUACCCUGGUGCAUUUUCACAAAGUUAGCUUGGGAAACCUAAACUUGUGGCUCCGACAGCCUUGUGAAGCCACUAAGCUAAGUUUGGUUUGGCGGGAACACUGCAAAGAACAGGUUUAGUGAAAUAAACGGUAACACACGUUUAUAACAAAGAACAGCUAAAGCUAGCCGAUUAGCAUUGCGGCUAGCAGCCGUCAUCGUGUGACACUGAGGCCGUCAGCAGGUGUGUCCGCUCGGAAGCACAGGAGGGAGUUUGUCUCUGUUAAUCAGUCCCCAGGUGAAGCAGGUUCGGCUCAGCUGGAUCUCAUCAGCUCAGUUUGCGUCUUUAUGGUCAAUGAGUCCGAGAAUCCGAAAACAGAUGGAGUUUUCAAAACCUUUUAUCCUGAAGAGCACCUCAGCAGUUUCCCUCCAUGAGCGCUUCUCUCAGGUUCUGGUGGACCAGGUGACCAGGUCCAGGGUGGUGACCUUUGACGCCAUGCUGCCACAGCAGAGGAGGGUGUCCGCUACGCUGCCGCUGGUCCUGUUGGUGAAGAAGAAGCCGUCGUCACUGCUCCGCCUGCAGGCCCCUGGCGUUUCCCAGAGGGCGAAGUGGCGUCUGACGAGGAGGAGGAGCGUCUGGGAGCGACUCGGCUGGUGGCGAGUGAAUCGUCAUCUCCCCGCCAACAGACUUCGAGGCUUCUGGAGCUUCACAAACAAAUACAGAGGGAGAGCAAGGUUCACCUCCACCCACAAGAGACGAGGUCACCUGCAGAGUCGCCUCGGUCAGAGACGUCUCCUGACGAGGACCAACGUCCAGAGACUGACAGCAGAACCUCACCUGAGUCUGAACCUGAAGAGGGGCGGGGCCACAGCGUGGAAGAGAUGCAAAGAUGACGUACCAACCAAGAGGCAGCUGGACAAACAGCUGGACGAGUACAUGUCCAUUUCCAAGAACCGACUGGACAAACAGCUGGACCGCUACAUGUCCAUGUCCAGGAGCCGCCUGGACGCACAGCUGGACGAGUACAUGUCGAUGGUUGGAGAGACGCAGCUGCAGUGGGACUGAGGGGGGGGCGAGGGGGCGGGGCUGAACCGGCAGCUCGUUUUCUUCACGUUUUAUUUAGUGACUGAGUGAAGCUGCUCUCACUCAGACAUCACAGUUUGAUUUGACCUCUGACCUCAGACGUCCUGUGGUUCCAGGUAGAGAAGCUCCGACUUUAGUUUGGCCUCAGGUGAGUUAAAGGGGCGGGGCCCUGUGAUGUCAUUGAACAGGUGAUUUCUUAGAAGAGUUUGAUUUCACCAGAGUAUGAAGUGUUCUGUUGCUUUUUGUGUUUUCUGAUCAGGCCGUGUGUACUUCACUGACCUCUCUGUGUGUAGGAAACUUGUGUUACUGAGGCUCCAACUUUUGUUCCCAGCAUUUAAAUAACUUUUAAUAAAAGAUGUUACCUGUUGA